AUGUCCUACACCGCCACCAUGCUGAACAUUGUAGCAAUAUACGCGAUCAGAAAGACUUCGUCUUUGUCGAAAAAUUUAAAAACAUUGCUCUUGAGCCAAGCAGUUUCUGAUCUUGGUGUUGGUUUACUAGUUCAGCCAAUGGUUGUUGCAGAAGCUAUGAACUCAAAACAAAACAGUGAAACCACAACAUAUAGCUCGUCUUAUCCUGACGAAUCUCUUCAUCUUUGCGACAUUGUUUAGCGUCACGGCCCUCUGUGCAGACAGAAUUUUGGCAAUUCACCUUAACCUCAGAUAUCAGGAGCUGGUGACAUACAAGCGCGUUGCUGCUGCCGUGAUCUCAAUUUGGGUGAUAAGCGCACUUAUUUCACUGACCAGGUUAUUCCUCCCAACGCAAAUUAUGUACGUGAGUUUCGCCAUUGUUGAAUCUACCUGUAUUGUAACUGCAACUUUCCUGAGCACCAGACUUUACCUCACUAUAAGACGCCACAUAAACCAAAUUCAAGUCCCGCAAGUAGCGCAGAAUGACCAGGGAGAAAGUGUUCAAAGAAAAAGGAAGUCUGCGAUGGCAUCGCUUUACGCAUAUCUGGUUUUCAUAGCUUGA